AUGCAGCUCGAGCGCAUCGCGCUCGGCCGCGAGCGCGUGCUGUUGCGAGCGGCGCACGCGCAGUGGGAGGCGAACCGCGCGGGCGCGGCCGGCGGGUCGCUGCGCGAGGGCUGGGGCGAGAUCGCGCGGCUCUGCACGAUCUUCGACAUGAAGGGCCUGACCUUCGGGCACGCGCUGCUGCCGGGCGGCUACCGCAUGGUGAAGCAGCUCAUCCCGCUCGUGCAGCGCUACUACCCGUGGCUCCAGGACACGACGCACUUCGUCAACGCGUCCAUGGCCGUGUCGACGUUCUUCGCCUACCUGCGCCCGCUCCUGCCGAAGCACACGCAGCGCAAGAUCUACAUCCACGGCCUCGGGGCCACGGGCGCGCUCACGGAGGAGAUCCGGCCCGACUUCCUGCCCGAGGCGCUCGGCGGCCGCGCGGUGUGCCUGGACCUGGCGCCGCCGCCGACCUGCGAGGAGUACGACGCGCGCGUCGCCGCGGGCGACGCGGGCCUGGCGACGGCGACGGCGGCGGAGGCGUCGCACGACGACGCGCGGCCCGUCGCGUCCGCCGUCGUCCUGCCGGACCCGCCGCGCAUCCCGCCGGCCGCGGCGGACGCGGAGCGCGCCGAGGCGCCCCCGGCCGCGGAGGCGCCGGAGAAGCCGCCGCCGCCGGCGGCGGAGGAGGAGGAAACCGCGCGCCGCGAGCCGGGGACCAUGGUCCCGGGCAUCGAGAUCCCCGUGCACAAGCACGGCCGCCGCGGCCGCGCGGAGCGGAGCUUACGGCUGGACCCGGGCGAGGAGCUGCAGAUCCUGCCCGCGAAGAAGUGGCGCCUGCUCAAGAAGACGCGGCGCCUGCGCAUCGCCGAGGACCUCAGCGCCUGGCGCGGCAGCCGCACGCACGGCGCGAAGCCUCCCGAGGGGCCGCGGCCGCGGACGCAGCUCCAGCGCGACGCGAGCCUCCGCGCGUCCCAGUACCCGCCGAACUUCGUCAUCCUCGCCACGGACAAGGGCAAGCUGGUCACCCUCGAGCUCGCGACGGAGCACCAGGCCGAGGCCCUCGUCCACGCCAUCAAGCCCGCGCGCCGCGCGUGA